AAGAGCUGUCUGCUAGAAAACGAUGCGGUGACUGGUGCUGAUGAAGCUUGGAAGUUCGCCUCGCCGUUGAACGUGCAAACAAAAGGCCUGGGAACCAACUGUAAAACAUGAAGUAGCAGCCCGACAGCAACGUCUUCGUGUGUUUUCGACCUCGGCUGAGUCGUGUAGGCGUAUAAUGUGCACCUUCACAGCUCUUGUGAAGGUGCAGUCGCCCGAAAGGUGCCGUCUCUGCUGGUCGGAGUGUAACAUGCUCGCUAAAGCGCACAUGACGGCAGUUGAGAGCUAAACUACCGUUCCGACACGUAGAGGUACGUUGAACAAGUGCCGAUCAUGUUCCCGAGACUUCGGCCGAGUGAAAUGCAACGGAACAACAGUUGACUGACGAUGUUGGAGGUCUCAUGUUGACAUCGUGCCGUAGUUGCAGAAAGCUCAUGACCCCACGCCGAUGACUGUUGAUGGUCCUUUGUCGACGGCGUGCGAGUUGUGAAAGUGCGCGAUGCCAAAACGGAAGCUGAAAUGGAUUUUACUGCUUGCAGUCACUUGGGUCGGUGGUGUAGGUUAUUACCUGUUUUGGAGCGGCCGUCGCAGCGGGUCUGAAGACAGCAAUGAGGCGCUACGACUGAAGCCGUCUGUGUCAGCGGCCCUCCGACAGUCCUCUUCCCAGCUGCCAAACUCUAGCAGACAGCUGUCGUGGCGCUACUUUGACGAGAAGAGCUAUGUAGCUGUGGCACGGAUCAAGCCGGGAGCAGACCCGUACGAGCGGCACAAGUUCAACCAAGAGGCGAGCGAUGCUCUGCCCAGCAACCGGGCCAUCCCAGACACACGCCACCCUAAGUGCAUUCCAGAAGGCAGCUUGCAGCCAGGCGAGAAACUGCCGCCAACGAGCGUCAUCAUCACAUUUCACAACGAAGCCCGCUCGGCACUCCUCCGCACCAUCGUCAGUGUCCUCAAUCGAAGCCCUCCCGAGCUGAUUGAAGAGAUCAUUCUUGUAGAUGAUUUCAGCGAUGACCCAUCGGAUGGCAAGGAAUUGGCAGCUAUACAGAAAGUACGAUUGGUGCGAAACAACAGAAGAGAAGGCCUAGUGCGCAGUCGAGUGCGUGGGGCCCACGAGGCACGGGCACCGGUACUCACGUUCCUGGACAGCCACUGUGAGUGCAACCAGGGCUGGUUGCCACCACUGCUUAGACGUGUCAAGGAGGACCCCCACCGCAUCGUCUGUCCUGUCAUUGACGUCAUCAAUCUCAACUCCUUCAAAUACUUCGGCGCCUCAGCUGACCUUCGCGGUGGCUUUGACUGGAACCUUGUGUUCAAGUGGGAGUUCCUUUCAAGUAAAGAGCGUGAAGAGAGGGCCGAUCAUCCAACACUACCCAUCAGGACACCCAUGAUAGCAGGAGGCCUGUUCGUUGUGGACAAGGCCAACUUCGAACAUCUGGGCACAUACGACACAGCCAUGGACAUCUGGGGUGGUGAGAAUCUCGAAUUCUCCUUUCGUGUCUGGCAAUGCGGAGGAAGCCUGGAAAUUCUGCCUUGCAGCCGCGUGGGCCAUGUCUUCCGCAAGCAGCACCCGUAUUCUUUUCCUGGGGGCAGUGGCAACGUCUUUGCUCGAAAUACUCGUCGUGCUGCCGAAGUCUGGAUGGAUGACUUCAAAAAGUACUACUAUGCCAUGGUGCCUGUUGCUCGCAAUGUUCCUAUGGGAAGCAUUGAAGAGCGGUUGAAGCUACGCAAGCGUCUGGGCUGCCAGUCAUUCCAGUGGUACUUAGACAAUGUGUUCCCCGAACUGAAGGUGCCAGCGGCUGGAGGAGAGCGACUGGCUUCCCUGCGGCAGGGUUCGCUGUGCCUGGACACCCUUGGAGGAAGCGAGGGCUCGCCUGUGGGCCUGUUUGCGUGUCACGGCGCAGGUGGCAACCAGCACUGGAGCCUUGCUUCGCGUCUCAUUGCCCACGGAGGUCUCUGCGUCACGCUCGACGAGGAGCAGGGAGGGUCGCUGCUGCUAAGACCCUGUGGAGGACACCCCUCACAGAGGUGGCUGUGGCUGGAUCACAAGCUUCAGCAGCCCGGUGGCAAGCUGUGUCUGGAUGGCGCCAACGGACGUCUGACGGCCCAGCCAUGCCACCGAACUGCCUCCUCGCAGCGGUGGGCGCUGUCUACCUGAGUGGCCUCCUUGACAGGACGCGGCUGUUACUUAAGGGACAACUUAAGACUGGUUGUGAUGGGUGUAUCAGAAGAGAUUAUCACAACUGCCAUCGCUACUUCUCUCGAUAGUUUAGCGAAGUACUGAUACGAAGUUUCAAAUUUCAUUAUAAUGAAAUCGCGUUUAACACGAAAAUAUCCGAAUUACAUAAUUACAUCCAAUAUUCGUUAUAAUCAUGUAUUUGUAACUUGCUCAAACUGGCAAGAAAACAUUUACUUUGUUAUAGUAUCCAAUAAUUCAUUAUAUUAUGGUUCAACUGUAUCAUAUUUUCCACUGUACAAGUCACUUUUUCCAAAGCAUUUCAAUCAAUGCUUUUUAUACAAGGCUGCAGCAUAGUUUGUAAGAUAUUCUAGUAGCACAAACAGGAACAUGAACACAAGAAAGCACAAAUACACACCCAUGGCACUAGUCGCAAACAAAUACAGUCGACUUCCGUUAAUACAACCCUGACGGGACCAACAGAAUUGAUCGAACUAUCUGGUGGGUCGAAUUAAACUGCAGAAAGAAUGAUACAACAUACCACUGAUUAAUUUGGCAGUAUUUGUUCUAUUUUAACAAGCCCCCUAAUCAAAUGCGUGCGUGCGUGCUUUCUAUGUGCCUAGAAAUGACACUAAAGCUCCUAAAGAAAGUAGAAAUCUAAUGCAAGUCCGUUCUUUUUAGCCAGAAAAAUGGACAAAGGUCUAAUAUGUGUUCUCCAUUGGCGGCUGGUUUCUCAAAAAGUCAGCUUCGCCGCAAUACAUUCUUGCUUAGCAGUAAAGCAUAUAAAAGCCACGAAGGUGGUUUUGGUUUCGCAUCUGAUUAUUGCACAGGCCAUUUGCGGCCCAAUUUUCUCGGGGGAAAUAAAAAAACAUGUUAGAACUGGGUGAAUACCCUAAUCAGACAUUGUGAGCUAUGGUUAUUGCUUGAAAAUCUGCCUCAGGUUGAAAGGCAUUUUCAACAGGAGAUGACGUGCUCAACAAAGUCACUCUUCCCUAAGCUCUGCCAAGGCAGGCGUUGCCACUGACGUGGUCGCUCUUGGGGCCAGACUUGAGUGUGCUGACUGGUCAAGUUCGAAUUAUCCGGCGAAGGCCAAUUUUAGGAUUGAAAUAACGAAACUUUUGGCUCAUAGAAAUGCAUGGGUGCCGCCCGAUACCUUCAACCGCAAUCAAAAUAAGCAAGAAAUUUAAUCGGCCCGUGUCAAAUGAAUGAAAGUCAACUGUACAGACAAUGUGCAUCUAGUAUCUGUGUCUGCAGCGUUCUUGUUCCUACCAGUACUGCUAGAAUACCUCACAAUGCCAUACCAACAAGCUUGCACUACAACUGUUGUUGACUUCAUAAAAAACAGGUCGAACCUUUUUUUUUUUAUCAGCAGGGUGGGACUGAUGCACGAUCAGUCCGUAGUGAUUAACUCUAAGCUUGAUCUAUGGGCAGUGUAAAAUGCAGCAGCAGUGGCUAUAACAAGCUCCUGUGUUGUCUUUGACAUCAUGAGCACACUAAAGUAUUUUGCAGGCUGCACUUAGUAAAAAAAAAGAGUGGUACAAUAGGCUGACAUUAAGGUUGCUUUAAGGCGCAAUGCCAACCGUGACUAUGAAUCCAAAGUUCCAAUUACUAUGAAGCCCUUUAAAUGCAGUUAUGUUUGUUUUAACCUCUUGUGCCUGUCCUGCUUUUCCAAAAGAGAUAUCCUCUAUCUGGUGCAUAGAAAAGUCUAUUCUCUGCUACCUCUGUGGCAUUGCACCAUGUGACCUCAGAAGUUGCACAGAAACUUUACAGUGAAGUCUAAUCUGUCUAUUGCUGCAUACAUAGUUGAAUACGGGCAGCAGAGCAGGCCAGCAUAUUAAUGCAAGAAUGAUGUGAUGCUGCCCAUCAAAGGCAAAACGUUUGAUGAAGGACAUAAUGUACGUGUUUAUUAUUAUUUUUAUACAAUAUGUCCUUUAGCAAGCAUCAACUAGCCCAACAACAUGCUGUCCUACAGGGCUUUGAUGACUUUGGCUAAAGGCCAGUAUGUGGCUCUCAUACACUUAACACAGCCAUGCGUUGUAAUAUACUAACAUUCAAUAUCGUCAUUCCUCCAUGAAAGCACAAGUAUGCACACCCACAUUUCGUUGCACCAACCAAACAAGGACCACUUGCACCCGUUAUAAACGCACAACUUAUGUCCCAACGUUUUCUUCAAAGACCUGCUGACAAGAGCGGCAUCUCACAUAAAAGGCGUGCUCACAGCGGUGGACUCUAUAGCUACAAUAUUCCGCUACUAAUUACGAGAUUGUGGAUUUGUUUCCUGGCUGCAUUUGGUUGGAGGCAAAAUGCAAAAACGCUUGUGUGCUUAGUACUUGGUGCAUGUUAAUGAAACACGGUUGGUCAAAAUUAAUUGGGAGCCCUCUGCUACUGCCUUUCUCACAGCUUUUGUAUUCCUUCCGAAUGCUGAACUCCAUAAUCUCUAUAAGUGUAGCUUAUAUACUGGAAAAUAUGGCAUGUGUUGUUUGUUUAUUGCAAUAUAUUAGCUUCAAUCAUGAGUCAAUACCGAACACUUCGUAGAAUGCAUCUUACCAUUAUCUUAAAGGUUGCUUGUGUAAGUGGCUGAAAAAUGUAUCACCUUGCGAAGUAAACUUUAGUACAAUUUGAGAGAGGCCCUGAAAUGAAGCACAUACAGUAGAAUUCCAUGUAAAUGAGCAAGGAUUGCUGAUGUCAAAUAUUUAAUUUAUGCAAGAGCUGGAGUGCACCAUAGUAGUCUUCCUGGUGCAUCCGUGGUUUUUGAGCGCAUCUGACCACCAGUUGCAACUGCUAUAUGUGUCGUUCGAAUCGCAUCCACCAGUAACAACUCCCUUGCAAUAAUGGAAACGCAUUUAAAAAGCCAUGUUCUUGUGUACUAAAGGCACCAUAACUGAUUGCAGAACAAGCUGGAACAAGCUGGAAGCAUGUUGUUGCGGCCAUGUGCUGGGAGUCUUAAAGGGGCUCUGAACCACUUUUUAUUGAAGUGUAGAAAGGCCUUCGAAGUGAAAAUAGACUAUUUCAGAAAUACCUUGCGAUGAAAAGUAGUUCAAUAAGUUCAGCAGAAGCGGAGUUACUGGCAAUCAAACACAGCCUCCGCUGUACUCCCGUUCCUUCUUUAGUGCCUUGCACUGCGAAAGCUACGGCACAUUGAGAUGUGCCCACAUUGCUGCGGUUUUUAAAUGUCACCGUGGCACACAGUUCAAAUUUCAUUUUGGAUGUUAAUGGAGACACCACGACUUCUGCCUUUGGUGCCUACAACACCCUAAACAUAAGCCAAACACGGCUGUCCUCAGCGAGUCGUACGCUUAGCCAGUGGACUCAUAGUGGCACCCUGCGGCGGUCGCGGUAUCUACGUCACGUAGCCGACUGCAGCUUGUUGUCAGCUAUAACACUGAGAAAUUUCGCUUCAACAUCUCGUUACACAGAGAUGAAUGUCAUUUGAGGAAAGUGUGAAGGUUUAGUGCAUCUGCUGGGCUGUAUCAUUGAUAGAACAGCGCUGUUAUUGCUUUGGCGACACUUAUACCUGGUCGUGAUGCAAAUAUGCCACAUAUGUUUGUUACACCUGCUGUCAUUGCCAGCACCUUUGUGGCUUAAAUGUGGGUAGAUAUUACAUGGUGGAGCAAGCCUGUCUGUAGGAGCACACUUAAGCGAAGUCUUACGUGGAGCUUCUCCUGCAAUGCAUGAACUGACAUGCAAAUGUACGCCCAACCAGUUACAGUUUCUGGAGCGUCAAAGUUGCAAAAAUGUUGUGAUGUUUAUGUAAGCCAGCCUAGAAUUUAGUGGUGCAUUGUGAUAAAUGCAUGGAAAAGUAUGCAUUGCAUGUUUCAAAUCUAGAGCCUAAGUUUAGUUUUGUUGUAGAUCCCGUGCUCCAAAAACUUUCAUGGGCAGGUGCAAGUAUCAGAGCGACAUAUCAUUGCAGAUAGUCGAGAGGCUAGGCUGCCACUUAGUCUGCAACUUGAUGCAUACAACGAACAAGAAAAAGAAAAUCAUACAAGCAUUUGAGCAGUGUUGCGAGCUGGAAGGGAAGUCUAUGUGGCAAGGCCUUCAGAGUCUCAUUCUACACUUUACAUAGUGGUUGCUCUUUGUCUUGUUGGAUGGUAAUGAAAAAGCCGAAUCGAAUCAUGUGGUUAACUCACCGUAUUAGCUCUGCUGUUUUCUUCUUUACAUAAAAUGAACAGCACUGGAUUGGUAGGUAGGUGCCACAGGGUAAUGUUUGUGUAAUUAGUCACUUAUUCCAUCAGUUAUACUUCUCCAUACAGUCGCUGUUUUUUUUACUUUCCACUCAGUCCUACCGGUAAUCCUCUACUUUCUUAACUUCUAGGUGUCGAGAUCUCCAACAAUGUCCUCCUGAACGUGAGGUUGAACUCGCUUCCGUAUCACCAGACUUGCAGUCAUUGCUACCUUAUAGGCGACGUAACACUCAUUGCUUCUCAUUACAUGCCUGAACCGUCUCGCAUCUUCCCUCACUAACCUUUGCUGCAAUGCCAAUUAUGUUGACUGGCUCUCAGAUAUAGUAUCUCUUUUUUCACACUAUCUUUCUUGCUCUUCCAAACAUUUCUCCAGGCAUUCUCAUUUAGCUGCUGGGGUCAAAACGUUAGGGCUUUUCUAGUGUUCAUUGAUAAUGGUACAUGACACACUGCUAAGAACAAGUUGUAUAGAACAAGUAUAAAGGCCAUUAAGUUUUGCAGGUGGAAACAUGGCUACUCACUUCAGGUGAAACCACUCACAGGAAGAAAAAAAAAAAAAAAGAACUGUUCACGUCACUUUGUCACCGCUAUGCUAAACUGGAUGCACUAUGCUCCAGUUUCAUACACAGCAGGCAACAAGGCGAAAGCUAUGCAUGUAGUGCAGCCAUAAGAGUAUUGCAGUUUGUCUCUCAAAGUGCAACGGUUUUUGACCUGCGACACCUUUUAUAUGGAAUAACUGCUUUAUAUAUUAGAACUAUAACUUGCGGAUGCAAGUUACCUUAAGUCCUGUAUUAUUUGUGCGUAUCUGCACAUCUCAUAAGCAACGUACUAUGUUUUGGCCAUGAGCGCAUGCGAUUCGCUGUGGCUGCAGAAAAAUAUUAUCCUACUUGUUUGAUGGCAAAUACGUUCAAAUCUACGACCCCUUUCAUGCUAUAAAUACAUUAUAUCUUGCAAUGUAAAAUACGAGAUUUAAUUUCAUUUCGGAUUGCAUGGAAUGUACCUAAUAUCUUUUACAUGUAAAGCACUACUUUCUCAUCAUGGAUGCAAACAGUGAGAACUCUCUCUAGCCUUCACAGCCUGCUGUGUUUGAAAUGGAGUACAGAAGCCACAGAAUGUGUCACUGGUAAAUAGGGCUUGUCUCAUACAAAGAACUGUUGGACCACACCUGUUUGAUUGAUUUUUUUUUUGUGACCUGCUGUGGCAAUUCCACGACUGGUGUUCCGAGUCAAACAUGAAGUUGUUUUCAUGACUGUGGCAAAUCAAACGGACAAGCAUGACCUCACUUCUGGUAUUCAGAAUGACUAAUGGGACAGUUGAGACUAGCAAGAUUUGUUCUUAGUGCUUAAACAACAAAUGAUUGUUUACACUGGCCAUUGGCUUCCAUUAAAGAAUAUGCAAAAAAAGUCUACCCAUGUUUUUCUAAUUACUACUUUUAGUUGUACUCAAACAUAAGGCAGCAUCAAAUAAUGCAUUCAAGAAUGUGCAAUUUGUCCUGAACUUCAUUUUACCUUUCGUUAUUUAGAACUUAAGCACUCUCUCCCACAAUUUUGCAUUUAACUUACUGUUGCAGUUUUAUAUGCAGUAGUUCACAGAACAAAAUAAACACUUUAUGUUACCACGAGAAGCUCUGGUUUACUAUUACUACUCCUACUUUGCUCCUGUAGUGGAGAUGUUAUGGUUGAGAAUACCAUUGCUUGCCUGUAGCAUUAUAUAAUGUGUUAAGAUGGCAAGGGAAAGCCGUGUACUACAUCUGUAUCAUCACAUAUCAGUGUGUACAUGUAAUGCUGUGUGCUAUCAUGGAAGAAUGAAAUGUGAACAAGUUAAGGUCAACUAGAACACCAUUGUUCUCGCUUUCACUAAGCACAGUGUAAGCUUAGCUUGAUACUUGUACCAAUAGUAGCAGCACAAAAUUGUACUUUUGCGUUUAUUAGAAAGUUAUAGCUUGUCUGUAUACAUAUUACCCUUCACAGAGUACACUGUUACCAAAGAAUGGCAACGUCAUCUUGUGGCACAGAGGCUUACCAGAAAAGACCCGGAGCUAUGAAUGAUCAACCGCAUUUUGCCAGCUACUAGUAUAAAGCAUUGGCCGUGAUGUAAUAGUCAGUAUGCCUUCUCAAACUUUCUUCUAAAUGCUUCUAAGAAGUUGUAGGAGAAACAUGUCACAAGAGGGUGCUACAUGUGUUACUGCUUCCCGAACCUCCAGUAAGCCAGUAUUCAGUUGAAGGGUAAUACGUGUACAAACUUAAACUUUAUUACUUGGAAGUGGUGUUUCACAUUUGUUUUACUCAUCCACGAUAGUAUACUCUUGUUGCUAGCAUGCAAGUUUCUCAUUUUGCAUAGUCUCAGGAAAAGUGCUGUAGCCUUUCAGUGUGGAAUGUGUCAGUACUGCCUACUGUUAUAUGGACAUUACUGUGUUUUCCUGAUGCCAUGUAUGCCCGACUGCUGCCUGUGUGGGGGGCUUUUCUGCAGAAUGUGCACGUUUGUGGGGCUGCGUGCCAAAUGGACUCUUGUCAUUAAAUACCAGCAUUUUCUUUCA